AUGUGUUCAUGUGGAUUUUCUAGCUUUCCCGUUGAACCUGAUGACUUGAUGAUUUUGAAAAAGGUUUAUGACAUCUGGUCGGAUGUGGAAGUUAGCUUGUCUAAAGGGUGGAUAGAUGAUCGGAGGUUGAUUCGGUCUGAAUCGGCUGAGGUAGUGGCAAAGGGUUAUGAGCUUGAUUCUGAUGUUGAUUUUCAGCCAUAUCUCUUGCUUCUCUAUGCUCUCUUCUUUGCUGUUUAUGCUCUACUCCGGGUAAAGAUCCGCCCGAUUUUGAUUUGCACCUACAGGACAAAUCUUUCCAUUACCAUUUCUUUUUGUUUACCUUGGUAUCGUGUUCAUACCGUUGUAUUGAAUGAUCCCGAUCAGUUGCUUUCCAUUCAUAUAAUGCAUACAGCUCUGGUUGCAGGUUGGGCAGGUUCAUGGGAGGUGGAGUAUCACAGGAGGGACUGUAACAAAUCUGGGGAUUUGGAAUUACGAAGGUGUAGCUGGGGCGCAUAUUGUGUUUCGGGCUUAUGCUUUUUGGCAGCUAUCUGGCAUUGGGUCUAUUGGGAUCUAGAAAUAUUUUGUGAUGAAUGUACAAGAAAACCUUCUUUGGAUUUGCCCAAGAUCUUUGGAAUUCAUUUAUUUCUCUCAGGGGUGGCUUGCUUUGGUUUUGGUUCAUUUCAUGUAACAGGCUUUUAUGGUCCUGGAAUAUGGGUAUCUGAUCCUAAUGGAUUAAUGGGAAAAGUACAACCUUGGGUCUAUUCCAUCUUAGCAUCCGCCCGCCACAAUGUAUAUACAAAGGAUUACGUAUGGGAAAUAUUGAAACCGUACUUUCCAGGAGUAUCGCGACUGUCAUUUUUGCUGUUUUGUUGUUACUGGAACUAUGUGUAUGGUUCAGCAACUACCCCCAUCGAAUUAUUUGGGCCCACUCAUUAUCAAUGGGAUCAGGGUUACUUCCAACAAGAGAUAUAUAGAAGAGUUAGUGCUGGGCUAGCAGAAAAUCGAAGUUUAUCAGAAGCCUGGUCUAAAAUUCCUGAAAAAUUAGCUUUUUGUGAUUAUAUCGACAAUAAUCCGGCAAAACGAGGAUUAUUUAGGGCAGGUUCAAUGGAUAACGGAGAUGAAAUAGCGAUAGUGACAAAAUUGUAUAGUGUUGAACAAGUAGGUGUAACUGUUGAGUUUUACAGCGGCAAACUCAAUGGAGUCAGUUAUAGUGACCUGCUACUGUGA